UUCUCUCCGUGUGAGAGCAAUCUGCAGAGUUAUUGAUUCAUCUUGACCGUAGGAUCUGAUUUGGUUCGCAUUUCGUCCCCCUUCUGUUCCGCCGUCCCUGCUCCGCUCCACCGAGCGAUGCCGCCGCCGGCGCCGACCCUGGGCGCCCUAGGGGUCGCCAUGGCGGGCGAGCUCAUGCAGCACGGGCGUCACCUAGACGACAGGCACGAGAUCUUCGCCCGCUUGCUCUACUGCAUCCACCACACCGUCCCCGACCCGCCCGUCUCCGCCGCCGCUCGCCUCUCCGCCCUCCCCCCCGACCCGACGACGCCGUCGACCGCGUCAGCCGCCUCCCCGACGCGCUCCUCCGCGGCAUAGUCUCCCUCCUGCCCGUCAAGGACGCCGCGCGCACCGCCGCGCUCUCCCGCCGCUGGCGCGGGGUGUGGCGUUCCGCCCCGCUCGUCCUCGCCGACGCGGACCUCUCCCCGUCCCCGGCCGCCUCCGCCCUGUCCCGCGUCCUCGGCGCGCACCCGGGGCCCUUCCGCUGCGUCCACCUCACCAGCAGCUGCACCGAGGAGUCCGGCCACCUGCUCGCGCCCUGGCUCCAGCUUCUCGCCGCCAAGGCGGUACAGGAGCUCGUCCUCGUCAGCAGCUGGUUUUCGCUCGACGCCGUCCUCCCCGCCGCCGUCUUCGGCAUGGCCACCCUCACCCGCCUCCACCUCAGGCUCUGGAAGUUCCCCGACACGGCCGGCCUCCCGCCCGGCCCCGGCGUCUCUUUCCCCAACCUCCGUGAGCUCGGGCUCUGCAGCGUCCUCAUGGAGACCAGGGAUCUGGACUUCAUGCUCGACAGCAGCCCCGUGCUGGAGACGCUUUUCAUCGAAGGGAAUCUGUUCACGCUCCGGCUCCGGCUUGUCAGCCAAAGCCUCCGGUGCGUGCAGAUCAUCGGCUCCUUCUUGGAGGAGAUCUUCGUGGUGAACGCCCCACGCCUUGAGCGCCUCAUCAACUUGGAAGGUUGGACCCCUCAUGGCGGCUGCACCAAGGUCAAGAUUGGCCAUGCCCCCAAGCUGCAAUUGCUGGCAUACCUGCAGUUGGACGCAGGGAAUCAUGUUCUGGAGGUCGGCAACACCAUCAUCAAGGCUGGGACAAGGGUGAGCCCAAGAACCAUGGUAUCAAGUGUGACAGUCCUGGCUUUGGAUGUCCGUUUCGGAGUACGCAAUGAUGCCAAGAUGAUUCCCAGUCUCCUCCGAUGUUUUCCUAAUGUCGAGACGCUCCACAUCAAGUCUGGAAAGUGCGAUCUAUCCACUGGCAAGCUCAACCUAAAGUUCUGGCAUGACUCUGGUACCGUAGAAUGCGUCCGGUCGUGCGUCAAGCGGCUGAUUUUCCAUGAUUUCCGAGGGGACCGAAGUGAGCUCGCCUUCCUCAAAUACUUCGUCGAGACUGCAUCAGUGCUCAAGCAGGUGGUGAUCCUGUUGUCCGCUGGCUCCACUUCGGCGGAGGAGGUGCAUUCCAAAGUGGCGAAGUUUAAACGGGCAGGUGAAAUCUCCGUUGCGCUGGUCACCGGCUGUUCUGAUCUUCAAGGACGGUACAAGCGAGGGUCUGAAUUUCCUCUUGGCGACUUCUUUUUCCUUUUGAAAUUCCCUUCUGCAAACUACUGAAGCCACAACAGGUGUGUGGGACGCAAAUUGCCCUGAAAGUUAUCGGUGUCCUGUUGUUCCCGUGGUCUGUGCAUGCAAGGCACCGUUGAGGUUUGUUUUCAGUGUUUGGAUAUCCGCCCCGUCGACUCUUGUUCCUGCUAGCACAUGAUUAGCAGCUAAGUGUCCAAGUUAGUAUACUACCACCAUUCUGUUGCGACCAUGAAUUAAUUGAUCUUCCGUUGGCGAUUGC